AUGUUGUCUUCCCGCAUUUCUCGCGCGCUUCCUCGCACUGCUUCUUUCGCUCGCCCCUCUACCUUCAGAGUCCCUACCACAUCUUUCCGUAGAUGGAACUCUACAGAGGGAGGAGAGGAGAAGGUGAAGGGCCAGGUUAUCGGUAUUGACUUGGGUACCACCAACUCCGCUGUUGCUGUCAUGGAGGGCAAGACUCCCAAGAUCAUCGAGAACACUGAAGGUGCCCGUACGACACCUUCCGUCGUUGGCUUCGCUCAGGAUGGUGAGCGGCUGGUUGGUAUCGCUGCUAAGCGUCAGGCUGUUGUCAACCCCGAGAACACUCUCUUUGCCACCAAGCGUCUUAUUGGUCGCAAGUUCACCGACCCUGAGGUCCAACGUGAUAUCAAGGAGGUUCCUUACAAGAUCGUCCAGCACACCAACGGUGAUGCUUGGGUUGAGGCUCGUGGCCAGAAGUACUCUCCCUCUCAGAUUGGUGGAUUUGUCCUCAAUAAGAUGAAGGAGACCGCCGAGAACUACCUCAGCAAGCCUGUCAAGAACGCUGUAGUCACCGUCCCUGCUUACUUCAACGACUCUCAGCGUCAAGCUACCAAGGACGCCGGCCAGAUCGCUGGCUUGAACGUCCUCCGUGUCGUUAACGAACCCACCGCUGCUGCCCUUGCCUAUGGUCUGGAGAAGGAGGCUGACCGUGUCGUCGCUGUCUACGACCUUGGUGGUGGUACCUUCGAUAUCUCCGUUCUCGAGAUCCAGAAGGGUGUGUUCGAGGUGAAGUCUACCAACGGUGAUACCCACCUUGGUGGUGAGGACUUCGACAUCAGCCUUGUCCGUCAUAUUGUCCAGCAGUUCAAGAAGGAAUCCGGACUGGACCUCUCGGGUGACCGUAUGGCUAUCCAGCGUAUCCGUGAGGCUGCUGAGAAGGCCAAGAUUGAGCUUUCGUCUUCCCUCCAGACCGAGAUCAACCUGCCUUUCAUCACUGCUGAUGCCAGUGGUGCUAAGCAUAUCAACCACAAGAUGACCCGUGCCAACCUGGAGUCUCUUGUUGACCCUCUCAUCAGUCGUACUGUCGAUCCCGUCCGCAAGGCCCUAAAGGAUGCCAACCUCCAGGCCAGUGAAAUCCAGGACGUCAUCCUUGUUGGUGGUAUGACUCGUAUGCCUAAGGUCACUGAGUCUGUCAAGUCCAUUUUCGGCCGCGAGCCUGCCAAGUCUGUCAACCCUGAUGAGGCUGUUGCCAUCGGUGCUGCUAUCCAGGGUGCUGUCCUAGCUGGUGAGGUUACGGACGUUCUGCUGCUUGAUGUUACUCCACUGUCCCUUGGUAUCGAAACCCUGGGUGGUGUCUUCACUCGUCUGAUCAACCGCAACACCACCAUCCCCACCAAGAAGUCUCAGACAUUCUCUACUGCUGCGGACUUCCAGACUGCUGUGGAGAUUAAGGUGUACCAGGGUGAGCGUGAGCUUGUGAAGGAUAACAAGCUUCUUGGAAACUUCCAGCUUGUUGGCAUCCCCCCUGCCCACCGUGGUGUCCCUCAGGUCGAGGUCACCUUCGACAUUGACGCUGACUCCAUUGUCCACGUCCACGCCAAGGACAAGUCCACCAACAAGGACCAGUCUAUCACCAUUGCCUCUGGCUCCGGUCUGUCCGACGCGGAGAUCCAGUCCAUGGUUGACGAUGCUGAGAAGUACGGUGCUGAGGAUAAGGAGCGCAAGGCUGCCAUCGAGGCUGCCAACCGCGCUGACAGCGUCUUGAACGACACCGAGAAAGCCCUCAAGGAAUUCGAAGAUCGUCUGGACAAAGCCGAGGCUGAACAGAUCCGCGAGAAGAUUGGUACUCUCCGUGAAUUCGUCGUUAAGAACCAGUCCGGUGAGGGCACUGCCACUGCUGAGGAGCUCAAGCAGAAGACCGAUGAGCUCCAAACUGCCAGCUUGACCCUCUUCGAUAAGAUGCACAAGGCCCAGUCUGAGCAGCAGCAGCAGCAGUCUCAGGGCGGCGAGUCCGGCCAGCAGGGUGAGAACAAGCCCUAA